AUGAGUCUUAAUCACGAUAAUCUGGUGGUCAAACCUCCCACCACAGCAAAUUUGAUCAGAAAUUUCGAUCCAGAGGUUAUUCGCGCCGACGCCGAAAGUACUCGUAUCAUAGUUCAUCCCAGAUUUCCGCAACUUGUCGAACAGUUCCUGGAUCACAAGCGCGCCAGAGGAUCAAAGUAUGAAAAAGCGCUAUACUCUCGAAUGUCCGAUUGGAAAGAGGAAGUGUCUCGCCUCGUUGAAAAGCGUCCUUUGACCUUCAUGAAUGGAAAUGAUUUUACCGUCUUACGUAACGGCGUUAUGAUCACUGACGGGACAGACGAGUGGGACCGCAAUGGCACGGCUGUGCAAGAUAAAAAUGAGUACCUGACACUGGAAGAAUACUUAUCGUACGAUGAGAUCAUGUUGUCCUCGCUCAUUGGCGUGAGCGGCUAUAGCUAUUUGAUCAACGACGGAAACAGGUACAACAAAGCAGUUCCUGGUCGACCAGGGACAUUUGAAGAGCGUGCCGUUAUUGUAGGGUUGGUGGGUCCGCGAUUUGAGAGGCCAAAUAGGAUGGAUUCGAUUUUCAUACUACCUUGCGAGUCGAAAGGUCAGGAUCCACAACUAAGUACACUCUUCCGAUCGUUCUUCGGCGUUGUGAGGAACGAGGUAACGACGUUCGACAAAGAAAUGUACAUGGCCCGCGUACGGAUCACUGUUGAGAUAUUCCUUCUCGAAGCCAACGAUCGCGCAAAGAACGCACAUCGAAAGGCUUACGGCUACGUCGUAGGCCUCGGACUUGGUGUUUGGCAACACCAUAAUGACCAGCCAACCAUGUAUAUCGAUACCUUUACCUCCGUUCUUGAUUCACUCCAUCUCACCAAUAUCUCAACACUGGAGUUUUCUUGGAUCGAAGUUCCACCAACAUGCGCCAAGAAUCUCGCUGAUAGUGCUCAGAGACAAGGCAUACGAGCCAUCUUUAGCAAGCGCAAUCCUGCUGAGAAACUCGACACUGAUGAGCUACUCACGUUGAGCUAUGCUUGGGAUGGGAACGCAUUUCCGGGAAAUGAGUACUGGUGUGGUUAUCUAGCUAUGAGUGGCGACCCUGCUGCGGCGUGUAUGAGCACGAUACCCGAGUUACACAAUGCUCUCGUCAAUCCUUUUACCGACAGAGUAACUGUUCUCGAGUUUGAGAUGACAACAUGA